AUGUUCCGCGGCUCCGGCCGCUCCAGGGCCACGCCCUCGACCACUUGCCAAAAGUGCCUGAAAAAAGGCCACUACAGCUACGAGUGCAAAGCCUCCGCCCAGGAGCGCCCCUACCUUAGUCGUCCCAGCCGCACCCAGCAGCUCUUCAACCCUAAGCUCGUGCCCAAGCUCAACAGCGACGUCCCCAACGACCUGCUGCGCAAAAAAGGCGUCGCCGACGAGCAGCUAGCCAAGAAAGCUGAAGAGCGGGGCCGCAAGCACGCCCGCGACGAAGACGACUACCCAGCCGCAUCCCGCAAGCGCUCGCGGUCCGCCUCAGCCUACUCGUCCUCUUCCGUCUCUACCAUCUCCACGAACCGCUCGCCCUCGCGCUCCCCCUCCCCGCGUCGCGACGUCGCCCCAAAGCGCCACCACAGCCACGCAGCAGACGAUCGCAAACGGCGCCGACGCUCUGUCAGCUCCGACGCCUUUUCCAACCGGGACGAGGCUCUGCCACACAAGGGCGAGCGAAAUACCAGACGGAGGCGGAGCUCGAUGAGCCCAGUGGAACGCGGACGGCGCAGGAGCAGGUCCUCAGUCUCUGACCGCGACAACAUCUCGAGGAGCGACAUUGAAAGAUCCGCCUCUCCCCCACAGCACCGUGAUCGUAGGCCCCGUCGGAGCUCGCCCAGGACGACGCGUUAUCAGAGCCCUCCGUCGGGCCGUGGGGGCGUUGCUCCCCCUCGAGGCGCUGAUGAGCCCAGAGAGAGGCCGCACCGACCGCCUCCAGCUGUGGCGAGCGCUCCUAGCCCUCCUCGCAGCUUCAGGGAGAGGAGUCUAAGCCCAUACAGCAAGCGCCUGGCAUUGACGCAGAACAUGGGCACAGGCGGGCGUUAA